ACUGAAUCCUUCACUUUCAGUCAUGGCUGUCCGUCUACGCUUUGCAUUGCAUGGCCCUCGUCACAACCGUAUAUUCCACCUUGUGGCCAUUAAUCAUACCAAUCGGCGCAAUGCAAAGCCUAUCGAAACUCUGGCGAUCUUCGACCCUCGCCUGAAACCCGGCGAAGACCAUAAGACGGUCGAAUGGAGUGUGGACCGUAUCAAGUACUGGUUACGCGAGGGUGCAGAACCGACUAAAUCUGCUAUUAAGCUUCUUACGAUGGGCGGUAUUCUUACACCCAAUUCCCGAUUCCACAAGGAAUUAGGAAUGGACCAAGCAUCCAAAGCACAACAGACCUCGAAUACUGAAAACUAGUAGUGGGGUUUCUCCGUCUCUCAUGGCGCUACUGUCAUACACGGCACUCUGAAGAGGGAGAAGUUGGUACAACGGUCAAGCGGGAAUGAGCGCGUCACGGAGAGGGCGUAUGAAGAUUCUGUCGUGAUCUAGACUUGAGCCCUCAGAGGGUUGCCGUGUAUGAGCUUCGAUUGCUAUGGUAUACUAUCUCAUUCUUUAUAUAAUUGCAGCAGGAUAUCAAUGGAAAUGCUGUCAUGAAUCACC